AUGGGGAGGGAUGUGGCAGGCUUACGAUACGAGAAGAAGCCAAAUACCGUCAACUUGAAGUCAAACGAAGAAAAAAUCGAAAUAAAGGAUUCUGAACCAGAUGAUGACGAUCAUACUGUAAAAGGCAGAGUUAUCGAUGAACGUAAUAAGAAGCAAGAAGUCAAAAGCAGCAACCCUGAGGAAAAAAUCAUUAGGGCCGAGGCUCAAAAGUCAACUGACAAAAAGUCGACGAGCUCGCCAGCUUCAACUUCUGCUGUUAAUGUGAAUAAUGUCGAUUCAAAUUCUUUAGAGGCCGAUGAAAGAUCCCCGUGUAAAGAUCACAAUAGUGAUCUUCAUAGCCCUCAGAGUACCAAAAAAUCACCGACGAAGAAGUAUUACGAAGAAGACGAUAAUUGUUCGCUGGCUUCAUCUACUGCGACAUCUGUUCGGACAAUUAAAUCCAAAGUUACGGUUCCAGUUGGCCCAAAAUUUACUUGCGGAGACCGUUUAGAGAGACGUAAGGAGUUCUACAGUAAGCUGGAGGAGAGACAUAAAGCUUUGGAGAAAGAGAAGCUCGAAUACGAAGCUAAAAUCAGGGAAGAAGAACAAGCAGCUAUAAAGCAGCUGAGGAAGAGCAUGGUGUACAAAGCAAAUCCCAUUCCGAGCUUUUAUCGCGAAGGCCCUCCUCCAAAGGUUGAGCUUAAAAAGCUGCCGGUGACCCGUCCUAAAUCACCGAAGCUUACUAGGAGAAAGAGUUGCGGUGAUGCGGUAAAAACUUGUCCGGAGGAUAAGGAAGUUGAUGGACAAGCAACUCGUCGCAGCGUAAGCACUAAAGGUAAGGAUCGAGUUGGUUCGCGUAAGAACAUCAAGAAUCAAGCUAAGGAUGAAGAACCUCUUCAAGAGACGACCGAAAAUCCUAAUGCCGAUGAGUAG